CCUCUCAUUACUCUUCUAUUCUACUCAUGUGCCAAUUGGGUCAAAGCAAAGGUUUUCAUUUCAUUUUUUAUUUGUUAUCAAACUUCAUCAUCUUGGGUUCUCAGAUUUCAGAAAUGAAGAAACUCUAGGCUUUUAUUAUGCAGUUUUUGACCUUUUUGCAGGCUUGAGGUGUCAUAGUUGCUGUUGAUUCUAUUCUCUUUGAUGGUCUGUGUGAUCUGGAACAAAAAAAAAAAAAAAGUAAUUCGUGAUCUCAUUUUCCUGAGUUGAUGGCAUCAGGGGGUGUAGCACGUGCUUCUUCUGGAUUGACAGAUAUGAAUGCGAGUUCUGUUGGCAUUGGAAGGUUGCCCGAUGAGAUGAAUGACAUGAAAAUCAGGGAUGACAAGGUUAAGAAGGAAAUGGAAGCCACCAUAGUGGAUGGAAAUGGGACCGAAACAGGACAUAUAAUUGUCACUACCAUUGGUGGUAAAAAUGGCCAGCCCAAGCAGACAAUAAGCUACAUGGCUGAGCGUGUUGUUGGACAUGGUUCUUUUGGUGUAGUUUUUCAGGCUAAGUGCUUGGAGACUGGUGAAACUGUUGCUAUAAAAAAGGUUCUUCAGGACAAGAGGUACAAGAACCGGGAAUUGCAAACCAUGCGCCUUCUCGACCACCCUAGUGUUGUGUCUUUGAAGCACUGUUUCUUUUCAACAACCGAAAAGGAUGAGCUUUAUCUUAACUUGGUACUUGAGUAUGUCCCUGAGACCGUCAAUAGGGUGAUCAGACACUACAAUAAAAUGAAUCAAAGGAUGCCAUUGAUAUAUGUGAAACUUUAUUCAUACCAGAUAUGCAGAGCACUUGCUUAUAUUCACAACUGCAUUGGAGUAUGUCACAGGGAUAUAAAACCUCAAAAUUUACUGGUCAAUCCUCACACCCACCAGCUGAAGAUAUGUGACUUUGGAAGUGCUAAAGUCUUGGUACAAGGAGAACCAAACAUAUCUUAUAUCUGUUCUAGGUAUUAUAGAGCUCCUGAGCUUAUAUUUGGUGCAACUGAGUACACCACAGCCAUAGACAUUUGGUCAGCUGGUUGCGUUCUUGGUGAACUAUUGCUUGGCCAGCCUCUCUUUCCUGGUGAGAGUGGAGUAGAUCAACUUGUGGAAAUUAUCAAGGUUUUAGGUACCCCAACAAGGGAAGAAAUUAAGUGUAUGAAUCCUAAUUACACAGAGUUUAAAUUUCCUCAAAUUAAAGCUCAUCCAUGGCACAAGAUCUUUCACAAGCGAAUGCCACCUGAAGCUGUGGAUCUUGUCUCAAGACUGCUGCAAUACUCUCCAAAUCUUCGAAGCACAGCUUUAGAGGCUCUGGUUCAUCCAUUCUUUGAUGAGCUGCGUGAUCCAAAUACCCGGUUGCCAAAUGGGCGUUUCCUUCCUCCACUAUUUAACUUCAAAGCCACUGAGCUUAAGGGAGUACCUGCUGAGAUGCUGGUGAAGCUGAUUCCGCCUCAUGCAAGAAAGCAGUGUGCUUUGUUUGGGUCAUAAUGCAACCUUAUGUAUUUAGUAUUAUCUACUCUCUGUCUGUAAAAGUGUAUCAUAAUAGGUUGUUAAUUUCCAAUUUAUUAAUUUUAUCCCAGCCUGUAGAAAGCUAUUUGAGAAGAAGCUUCAGCUUGAUUCCUUUGUAGGGUCUGAUGGGUUCACUCACCUUAAAAGUUUUGCAGGCUGUAAUAACUAGAACCUUUAUUUAUUCUAAGUGAUGUACUUGAUGAGUGCCACACACUGAACCAGUAGGGGAUGCUUCAUGCUUCAAAGCUUGAUGGUACUUCUCCCAUUAUUAUGAGAAAUUUUGCAGUGUAUAAAGUAUUCCCUUGUUUUCAAGGCACUGUUAUUCUUGUAUUCCCUUAC